GCAGGAAACGUGACAACACCGCAAAUAGCUAGACAAUGCGUUCAAGUUUUGGGCUUGUUUGUGGUGGAAAAAAGCCUUUUGGGAAAUUUUUUGUGUAGUGGCGACGAGUAUUUGCCAAAAAGUGGCCGAAUUUGGUGGUUGGAUGUAAUGUUAAAUUAUUAUUUUCGUGAUUAGGGGCGCUGUAGUAGUGGCCGACUUGACACGCCAUUUUACAUGAAGAGCAGUUUGCUUGCAAUUUUGUGAUAAAAGUGGGUUUUUUCGAGCGAUUUUCGUGUGGAAUAAACAUUUUGUGGAGCAAAUCUUCACGCUAAGGAGUGCUGUUUGGUUUUUGUUCAGAUUUUGUGCCCACAAUGUUUUGAUAUUUGCUGUAAGUGUAAAGAAUGGCCCAUUAUUACCAUGUGUUAUCUCAAGAUGAUAAAAGCAACGACAAAGUGGCACAGUUUUACCCGAAUCUUGAAGAGAACCAAACAGUUCAGUUCGUUAUUGCAUCAGACGGCUCUCAGCAGCAGUUCCAAGCACAGCCAGUAGUCGUUUCUUCGGAUCAGUUGAUGGUGGUUGAAGGGCAGGGGCAGCAAGUGAUAAUUGACCAGUCUCAAGUCACUUACCAAUCUCCUCCCUACGUCGUGCAAGAAACUUCAGGGAUAGAGUUCCCAAACAACCAACAGCAAGUCUAUUACAUGACAAACACCUCACCCAACCAAUCAGUGGUGGUGGAACAGUCAAUCAACCAACAACCGGUGGUUCUGAACCACCAGUUUUUGCAAAAUCAGAUGUCGAAAGCCAACAGCCCCAUGCACCAAACAGGAGUCGUUAAUGCCUCUGUUAUACAAGAAAAGAGCAUUGUGCAAAUGAGAAAUCAAAUCAAAGCUGCCGCCAAACACAAUAUCGUGAACAAGGCUCUACAAUUGACGCCUCAAAAAAUGGUAGCUAAGGACAUAGCCCAGAACCUCCAAAGUAGUCUCAAUGAUAACGAAGCUGACAAUAACGAAGAAGAAACAGUGACUUUAAGAGACGAAAGGAUGAUAAAUUACACUCAAUACCGUAGACUUAUCACUCAAAAACAAAAUCAAGCAAUGCAAGAACGACUCGCAUCACAAAAUAUCGCAAGUUUCCAACGCAAACCCCGACCUGCUAUUAACAAACAACUCCCUCGUAAUGCAAGACCUAAACAACCGAUUCGGUUGAACCGCAACAACGUUGCUUUUAUCCCGAAUGCGUCGCUGGAAGAGCGUUAUGAAGAACACAAGUCCCCGAUUAAGCAAAACACAUCACAGUUUCAAAACCAAAUGCCUCAAAGGCAGCAGCCGCAGAUGAAUCGACCAUCACAGGUUCAAGAAUCUCAAAAUCAGUAUCUAAUCCAACCGAGACAACGCGAUAGCAAACCGCAAAUCCAACGACCAUUGCCACAGUUUUUGCACACGAGUCAGAUUCAAAAUAUUAUUGAUAAUGCACCCAAAAGUGCCGAGUAUUCCGAUUCGAUACGUAUGUUGGUUUUGUUGGAUAACGGAGAGCAAAGACUUAUCACAUUUACCCUGCCUAAAGAAGCUUGCACAAUUCAGGAAAUCCUUGAGCAAGUUGGGGUACCAUUUACGAAAGAAACCCCAAUUCAGGUCACCGAAGCUAACUCAAAUGGGCUAAAUUAUAUCGUUGCUGUGGGUAACGUUCCCGGAUUUACCCUGGAACCUCCGGAAGAAAUAACUCUCGAAAAUGAAUUUGGACAACAACAAGUACUACAAGUAAUCGAGCAAGAACCACCACCUCUUGUGGAAGUGUCCACCAAACCACCUUCACCCGAACCACCGAAAGAAUUACCGCCGAAAAUAAUCGAAGGGCUGUUGGCAGUUUGUCAAAAUUGUGGUUACUUAUCGGAAGAUUUUAACAAAUGUAUGAGGUGUAAAAGAAAACUUCCUGAAAAUGUUAAGUCGGUGGCGGCUGUCAAUAGUAAUGGGAAAAAGGUCGAUCCGAGAAGUGGAUUAGUUGAGAAGAGGCUGGCAUUGCAAAAAACUAACGGAAUUCCGAGAAUGAACUUACUGCCGAAAAAACGUCCAUCCAAACCGAAAUUACUAGAGUGUGAAACGGUCGUUGUAAGUUCAGACGAGGAAGAGUCAGAUAAGAAAACCCCGGUUAAAAAUGUGAGUGAGCAAUUAUUAGAAAAGUUGGGUGCUUCAGUGACAAUAAGUCCCAUUUCCAAGGAACCGUCAACUGUGGAUAUCCAAAAAAGCAGUAUGACAGUCAAAGGUACCGAAAAAGUUCCUUUUGAACAAGUGAAUAGUACUCUAUUGCUGUGUAGAACUAUAAGAAUUGGGUCGUACCGGUUCGUUCCUCCUGAACCUAUACGAGUUGAUUCAAAUGGGAUCACGUUAAAAGUGCCACACCCGAAAAUCGAAAACACAUUAAAAAUAAUCAAAAUUGAGAGUUCAGAUAUUGUUAAAGUGUUGAUAAGUUUCCAAAAGUCGCUCCCAGUGUUGUUCUACUAUUUAUUACCGUCAGUUGGUGCUGUAGUUAGAGAAGCUUUAGAUAUGACUCCAGUUUCGGAUUAUUACUUUGAUCCCCUGUCUGAAAUUGAAGAAGCACACAGGAGGAUAACGUUACUGCCUGAGUCGCUUUCCGAGGAAUCCAAAAUUACAUUGCAAAAAAUUUAUUCGAAGAAUUCUUUGCUGGAUGAGCUCACUUAUAAGGAGGCCAACGAUAUUCUCAUUAAAACCUGUCCGAAAGAACUAUCAAAGACCGUUAUGAGCUACAGUAGUGUUUCAGAAAUUAAGGCACUUUUGAUGUACCCUGCCGAAGGCAGAGGUAGGAUCACAAUCAACACGGAAGACUACAUGUGCCUGGGUCAAGACCAAUUUUUAAAUGAUGUCAUCAUUGAUUUUUACUUAAAAUAUUUGCUACUUAAUCUACCGAAAGAACGCCAGGAUAAAGUUCACAUAUUUUCAACUUUCUUUUACAAAAGAUUGACCACAAAGCCGUUAAAGGCUUCGAGAAAGUCGCAACCGACUGAGAUCGAUCCUAAUUUAAGUCCAGCACAGAAAAGACACAGCCGUGUUAAAACAUGGACUAAAAAUGUUAAUAUUUUUGAAAAAGAUUUCAUCAUAGUUCCGAUUAAUGAGAAUUGUCACUGGUUUCUCGCUAUUAUUUGUUUUCCCAACAUGAACGGUACUCAUACUAUGGACGGUCAGCCUAUUAGAAUCGAACCGAAACAAUCGCAAAAAAAGAAAAAAGUCGUUACUGCCGCUGUGAAAGAGAAGAACAUUGAUCCGUCAAUUAUGUGUGAAGACGGCGAUUCUAGCGAUAAAGAUGAAGCAGAAGGAGAUGAUAGCGAGUUGGAUUCUGAUGAUUCUGAAGAAUCACCUCCUCAAACACUUUCUGUGGAAAAUAAUAGCGAAAGGCCUCCAAUUAAGCAGCCUUGCAUUCUAAUAUUCGAUUCUUUGGCGGGGGCAAGUCGCAGUAGAGUUGUAGCCACACUUCGGGACUACUUAACAUGUGAAUACAAAGCAAAGCUCAACGAGGAAAAAAUAUUUACGAAGGAUAUCAUCAAAGGUGCUUGUCCGAAAGUUCCUCAACAAACUAAUUUUACGGACUGUGGAUUGUAUUUGUUACAAUAUGUCGAACAAUUCUUUAAUGACCCAAUUAAAGAUUAUCACAUACCUAUUUUACACUUGAAAACUUGGUUUGAAGAAAUUACUGUAACCAAAAAAAGAGAAGAUAUUUCACUUUUAAUCCAGUCGCUAAUGAAGGAAGCUGGAAAAGAUUUGGACAUACUACCAGAUGUUAUAUUCCCAACUCAAAACGGUGAACUAACAGAGCGAGCGCUUAUGGAGAAAGAGGAUAAAUUCAUGGACGACGAAAUGAUGGAAGACGAAGAUGAGGAUUACGUUCCACCAAUGGGCAAGAUAACAAGUGACCAAUCAGAUGAAACUGGGGAAUCAAAUUCAGAAUCACAAGGCAAUUUCGCCCUAAAACCAUCAAAUGAAGGUGUUGUUAAUUCGGAGUUUACCGAACAAGCUGUGACUAGCGCGUCAUUGUUGAAACCAGAUAUUAGUGACUUACCGAAACAGAGCAGUAAAGACACUCUUUCUUAUCUUAAAGCGAAACGAAUUAUCAGACACAAGAAUAACAUGAACAGUGAUGGUGCACCCGAUUCGAAAAAAGCUAAAAGUGAAACAAGUGACACUUAAAACGUGACUAUUUUUAACUCACUAUUUUAUGAUGCAAAAUUUGUGAAUGUUGUUAAUAAAUUUCUUUAGGCGCUUUUUUAUUUAAA